AUGAGAGCUUCACUGUUGAAGCUUGAUCUGGCUUUCUUGCGGCCGUUGAUUUCGUUUGUGGCUGCUGUGGUGCGAAUUGGGUUUGAGCAUGAGGAAAAAGGUGAUUUUGCAACCUCACCAAAGCAUUUCAGAGUUGCUUGGGUGAAGCUGAUGACUUUGUGCAUUGCAGGACUACAACAAAAUGGUGCAACUACAUCUAUUCGUGACUGUUUGUGCGUGAAUAAAGGCUUGCCAUUGCCCUUGGUGCUGAUGUGGGACAGAGCCAGUGUAUAUGUACAGAAGUUGCGAAUGUUGACCGACGUUACAAGAAAAAACGAAGUAGGGUUCUGCGUUUGGACUAGCAAAGAGUUCCACCAGUACCAGGUUGUUGGGAGGAAGCUCCCUACGGCAUCUAUUGAGCACCCUAAGAUUUACCGAAUGAAGCUCUGGGCCACCAAUGAGGUUCGCACCAAGUCCAAAUUCUGGUAUUUCCUUAGGAAGCUGAAGAAGGUCAAGAAGAGCAAUGGCCAAGUGCUUGCCAUUAAUGAGGUCCUCUUGGCUUCCCUUGAUGCUAUCAAGUUAAAACCCCUGCAAAGGACAAGAAAGAACAGAAGCCACCUCUAUAGCAAAGCCAUCAAGAGAAAGAUCCCCUUCCAACAUACAUCAAGGCAGAAAAUCCCCUUCCACCACCCAGUAGCAUAUAUAUGGGAGAUGUUGUCAAACAAUUUGGCAAAGUUUGUAGUGAUACAAUAUAACCAGAUACACUGCCACUUUAGCAUCAAUGAUGACAGUUAA